AUCAACUCUCAAGGCUCUCCCUCUCAUCCCAUUCUCUUUCACUCCAGCUCCGUCCUGGCUAGGAUUGUGGAUUAAGGUGCUGGAGCAAACAGCACCUCCCAUUUUUACAAUGAGGUUUCUGACAGCACUGUCACUGCUGUCCGGGCUGGUACUGCCCGCGAGCUUAGUAUGCGCCGAACCCAGUGACAUUACAUCUUCUACACGACUGUCAUUGCCUGCAGAUUUCAAGCCCCCUCAGGUCUUUAAGAAUACAAAUCUGGUUCGGAAUACAAAUUUGGAGAAAGGAUAUGUUAGGGAGACGGUCAAUGUGGUCGUGGAGAAUGUCGACAAGCAACCGCAGAGCGACUACUACCUGUCCUUUCCAACAGACGUAUUCCCUAAACUAGGCAGCCUCGAAGUGAAGGAUAAAAAGGCCGCAGGGAAGGGCAGAUUUGAUGUUGAUAUUACGGAACUCAAUUCAUCGAGGGAUACUCAAUACGCUGUCGUUCAUCUCCCCGAACCACUUGCUCCAUCGUCACAAAUUACUCUGGGAAUCUCCUAUUCUCUGCUUUCCUCCCUGCGCCCGCUUCCUGCAGCCAUCGAACAGAAUGACCGGCAGUACCUCACAUAUUCAUUCUCAGCCUAUUUCCCCUCACCAUACGAGACGGUUACCCAGAAGACGAAACUGAAGUUCCCCAGCACCAAUGUCCCAGAUUACACGACAACCUCCGGCAUCAAAUCCGGCUCGGAAGCUGAUCCUGAGCGACAGGGUACAACUUACACCUAUGGUCCGUACAAGACAGCUAAGAUUGCUCCAGGAACUGUCUACCCGAUCACAGUUCGCUACGAAUUUACAAAGCCCAUAAUCACUGCUUCUCUGUUAGAACGCGAUCUGGAAGUGUCCCACUGGGGUGGGAACCUGGCGACGGAAGAACGUUACUGGCUGCACAACAACGGCUCCAGGCUGUCAAAUCACUUCUCCCGCGUGCAAUGGACCAUGGUUAACUUCCAAGGGCUGCCUUCCUCUGCAGUCCGCGAGCUCAAAUAUCCCCUCAAGCCGGGUUCGGUUGAUCCCUACUUCACCGAUGACAUUGGUAAUGUCUCUACCAGCCACUACCGACCCGGAAACCCCAACCGGGAAGCAUCCCUGGAGCUACGACCUAGGUACCCUAUUUUUGGUGACUGGAAUUACAGCUUCCGCGUUGGCUGGAACAACGCCCUUUCUUCCUUCCUCCGCCGAACAGCCGGUGAUGCCGAUACUUUUGUCCUGAAAGUUCCUUUCUUAGAGGGACCGAAAGUCUCGGAAGGCAUCCAGUACGAAAAGGUCGUUAUCCGAGUGAUUCUCCCGGAGGGAGCCAAUAAUGUCCAGUACGAAAUCCUGGAAGGAUCCUCCAGCAACGGUCUCCCUGGACGCAACCAGAUCCAGUCUCAUCUGUCUACCCACAAGACCUACAUGGAUACCUUAGGCCGGACCGUAUUAACUCUUACAGUCGACAAUCUCACAGAUGGAGCCAGAGAUUCUCAGUUAGUUGUCACCUACCACUACACGUCCCUGGAUGCUCUGCGCAAACCCUUCACAAUCACUGCUGGGGUGUUGGCGGUCUUCGUCAUCGCAUGGCUCGUUGGUAAUAUUGACGUGAGUAUCAAGAAACGAUGAACUAAAUGGAUCGGGUUUCUUUUUUUUCACUUUUGUCUUCUUUUUGUAUCUUCAGUCUUGUCCUGUAUCAAAAUAGCCAUAAAAUGCAAAUCGUAAGCAUCUACAACCUCCAAGCAGGACGUUGAACGCAUUGCAGUGGGCCUCGCAUGAAAUGAGAGAAAAUAUGUACGGCGAAGGCACGGAGGAAAAUAUAGAUAGCCAUAUGCCAAUUCAUAACGCAUCGCGCUGUAGAGUCCAAGAUCCAGGUCCCCGCGUCAGUAAAACUUAAACAAAGGCAUAUCACAUCGGGCUUUCGAAAUCCGUGAUUGCAUAGGAGUAAAGGGGAGAGCAUGAGGACACAGUAAGAAAAAGGGCACUCUCUUGUAAUAGGCGGUCUUGGUCUCAUCGAAGUGUAUGAAGAGGAAUGAUUGAUGGAGAUGAU